GCUCAUGGCUGCAACAGAAGAGGGUUCAGUGGGAGGCGCAGUUGCGCGCUACUCUUUCAAAGAGCCUCGGGCCGUAGCGCGACCUUCAGCUCGCAGACGAGGUCCUUCAGAGUCCAUGCACGGAUCUCAGCAUAUUCCCACAUCUCCAGGACAAAAAGUGCAAGGUCACGGACGCGCCUUCUCGUCCUCGUGAGAAAGUGCCAUGUCAGUAAUAAAGCUCGCACAGUGGCGCUUGGCCUCGGAUGUGAUUGAUUCUCCAGCUGAAGUCGCACAUGUGCCACCUUCCGGCAUUUCUCCUUCAAAGCCUACGCCCAGCGAGGUUCCCCGGGCAUGCCAGAGUGCGGAUUAGCAAAGAUAGAAGCUCCAAGAACGAUCGAACUAAAUUUGUACGUGGAUCUGCGGGGGCCAUCGCAAGUUGACCCAACCCUUUGGUUUAGGGAGAGAGGAGUUGCGAGGAGUGACUCGAUCCGACUAUAAUAUUUUAAUCCAGGUGCUGUGAGCACGAGUGCUGAGCAAUUCAUGGCACUCGAAAACGUUUGGUGAGCGGCAAGCUCUCGGGCUUUGCGCAGGCUCCUGCCAGUCGUAUACAAGAGCCGAAUGUACCAUGAGUUCAUUCACCGCCUUCGAGUCUAGAAAUGAGAAUGCUUCAUACCUGCGUCCGAGAGCUCACACAUGACUACAGCGCUCUAACACGAGCUUGCACCUCGAUCUGCACCCGUUUUCCGCCUCCACCCGUGUGCACCUCAGCUGCAAGUCCGAUUCGCUCAUGUACUUGGGAACGAUGCUGUACGUAAUGGAGGUCUUUUGUGAGAUGAUCACAAAUUUGACGAUAGAAACGUCUGAGCUAUUCUAUCUUCUGUAUCUGCAUCUCAUUUAGUGCACGGUCGGAUAAAACACCGUGCACGAUGAGGAGGAAGAGAUUUUGCGGGAUGGAUGGAUAGCUAUAGAUGCAUAUUAUGAGGCGUAAACCUGAUGAUAUUUCUAGUAUAUUUGUAUACGACGGUCGGUCAAAUAAUUCUAUCUUGGCCACUUCCAGCACGGCUAGGAUUUGAGAGGCUGGAAAAAAAUAGUAUGACGGGUAUUCAUUCGCUAGCAAGUGGAGUCGAUUUCACACGCCACCGCUUCAAGAGCAGGAACAACGAUGAGAUACGAUGUGUAAGCAGAGUCCGAAUAUCUGGAACCUCAGAUGCAAUGUGAUGCCAAUAUGAAUGGGAACGUCUGGGAGAAUCAAGAAGGACCUGUGGAAGGAUUGAAAUGGUGAGGUGAAGUGAAGUGAAGACACGGGAACAUUAAUGUGGGGCAGGAUGCGAGACUUGGAAGACUUCGAGAGCAACGGAAUCGAGCCCACUCGGUUCUUUGACGAGUAAAGUGGUUAAUUUCAGUCUUCAGUACGGGUGUGCCUUCCAAGGUCUGCAAAAUGGGCGAUUUUUAGAGGAUAUUAGGCUGAAAACGCAGCUAUGGAACAGGUCAGCAACAGGGGAAAUACUUUCGACCUUGGUCUUGGAAGAAGAGGAGUCGGUAUGUGGAAGGGAGGGCUUCGGAACGCAUACAAAUGUCUAGAACGUGAGGAUCCGGAGUGCGCAGCAUGGGCGAGAGAUUCACAAGUGGUGAGAGCAGAGGAGAUCCCUGGAGACAUCCGACUUGAAAUUCUGAAACCCGGAGAUGUGACGAGACAAAUUAUUCUAAAAUCUGCAGAUGAGUGCAAAGUUUUGAUCGACGACGAGCAUGCGGAUAAAGUAGAUAACAGCAGUGGUUUGGCAUAGCCCACUAUCAAAUGACUAGUUACGGCCUAUCACUGGUGGAGAGUAGAAAUCAUUUCCUGAACAUGUGACUGCAAGGCAGAUUAGAUGGAAAGCAAGAUAUCUUCCUGUACUACUCGGGCCCACAAUUUGGCCCUUUCUCAUUAAGAAAUCCGGCAAGAAAUAUUGAAUCAACCAUACACGAGCGCG